AUGUAUAAACGAUUAGAAGAGAUGUCAGAAGAAAGGAUACCUGAAGCUGAUAGUAGCGAUAAUGAUUCUGAUAUGUCAGAAGAGCAAGAUGAAAAAGAUGUUUUGGAACUCCUUAAAAAUUAUGGAGAGGGAAAGUUGAAUAAUGGUCGAUUGUUUGGAGAACUUUUUGAAGGACUAGACCCUUGUACUAUACAGAAACAAAUUGAAAAACAUCCAAUAUUGAUGACAAUCAAUAUUUUACCUAACAUAAACAAUGAUGAUAUUAGAAGAGACGAUGAAGAUGAAUAUGAGGGAGAUGAUGAGAUGGAUUUAACAGAAGCAGAAAAUGAUAAAGAAGAACAAGAGGAACAAGCGAACGUGGAGAGAGUUGAAGAAAACAAGGAUCAUUUGAAACAGCUUUUUGAAGGUUACGGAGAGGGAGAGGUGGCUGACACUGGAUUGUUUGAAAGAAUUUAUGAAUUUUGUAUGAAACCUCGAAUAUUGAAGCAAAUUGCUCGUAAUCCAUUAAUAAAGGCACUUGAUGUAUUACCUGAAUUCAGCAAUGGUGGUUCUAGAAGAGAAGAUGAAGAAGAUGAAGAUUAUGAUGAUGAAGAAUAA